AUGGCCACAUUGGAAGACAAAAUUCUUGGUGAAAAACUACAAAACUAUUGCAGUAGCAGCGAAGAUGAGGGCUCUGAUGAUGAAGAGAGUGCGGGAGAAGAGGGUGAUAAAGUUGUCAAGUCCUCAGUUGCAUCUGAACCCCCCCCAGUCAACAGCUGGACUGGGUCAGCAAGCAACACAGGCCCAAAAGGAGUGCUCGAAGAUUGGAGACGUUUCAAACAGUUGGAAGCAGAGAAUCGAAAAGAACUAGAAAAGGAGCGUAUUGCACUCGCUAAGAAACUUACUCUUACUGUCAAGACACAUAAAGAGGAAGAAGCAGAUAAAGAAAUAGAUGAAAUAGAAGAUGAACUUAAUGAGUUAAUUGAUGAGGACUUCCUUAUGAAGUAUCAACAACAGAGGAUGCAAGAACUCAUGACCCAACUACAAAAAGCACCAAAGUUUGGCAAAGUGCAAACACUGAACAGCCAAGAAGAGUUUUUAAAUGCAAUUGACAAGGAGGACCCAAAAAUUACUGUCAUUGUACACAUUUACAGUGAUAAGAAUAAAGCAUGCCAAACAAUGGAUGGUUGUUUGAAUGUUCUUGCAACAGAAUACCCUACUAUUAAGUUUUGCCGCAUUGCUGCUGAUGUAACUGGUCUAAGUCGGCAUUUCCGAGUUGAUGGGGUACCAGCAUUAUUAGUGUACAAGGCCGGUCAAGUCAUUGGAAACUUUGUUCAGCUUGCAGCCGAGUUGGGAAAUGAUUUCUUUGCUACUGAUGUGGAAAAAUUCCUUGUGGAAUACGGAAUGCUGCCGGAAAAUUGA